GCCCGCUCGCCCGCGCGGGCCCCCCCUGCGAUCGCGGCUGGGACUUCUUCAGCCAGCACUGGAGCUGCAGCAGGAGAGACUUGAGCUAGACUCUGGGAAAAACCGCUCUGGUCAAGACCAGCCAGUCAGAGCAGAGGAGGCAGCGGCGGACUUUGUCCAGGAUUCUUCUCCACUCCUCCAGAAGAGGCCUCCCCCUCCCCCCCACGGCCGGGCUAGGGCCGGGGCUGGAGGCAGGGGACUGCCAGUGCCGGACGCAAGUCCUCGCCGGACAGACUCUCCUCCUGGAUCGCUCGUCGGCCCAGGCAAGGCUGUUCCCAGAUUGCGGUGUUUCCGAUUCGGGCUCCCGGGGAUGAAUCAUCCCCCUUUCCCGCCGCCUGGCCUCUUUUCCAGCCUCCUCCGCCCGAGGCCUCCGUGGGCCGCGUCCGGGCCAGAGCAGCACCGCCCCGGGGUCGGGGCCGCACGCUGGAGCCGCUCCAGGAGGCCGUGCGCCGUGGUCCGAGCGCCGGGAGGCCGCGGACAGUGGGGGUCCGGGCGUCCGGUCUCGACCCCGGGGAUCCGGGAAAGAAGCGGCAGCGGCGCCCGUCCCGGGCCUAGCACGGAGCGACCCCCGCCCGAGGCCCUGCAGGCUCGGCCCGGACCCCUGCACCCCCACCGCGCCCCGGGCGGGCUGCAGAAAGGGCGCGGGGUAGCUGAGCCCCGCCCCGGACCCCACGACCCGCCUCCGCCCGCGCCCUCGACGAAGAGGCGCCCGGCCCGGCCCCGCCGACGGCCCCGCUCGCUCCGCCGGGCGCGCGGCCAGUUUCCAUGAUGCGGACGCGGCCCGGGAGCCCCGGCCUGGGAUUGAUUAGCCCGCGGCCCGUGCUAAUGAGAGCCGGCUGCGCGCGCGGCCCUCGCCCCUCUGGCCCGGAGACCGGCAUCCCCCGGUCGCAGAGCCUCCCAAGUCGAUCUGGAGCAGGCGCCCCUACCGGACCGACGCCUGGCCCUCCUCUUCCCUCUGCUCUCGAGGGCUGACACCGGAGGCAUCCGCCUGUGUUGACUCCCUGCUCCGUCCCUGCUCGCUCGCCGGGCCUCUGUGUGGAUUCCCUGCCUUCUGGGUGUCCCUCCCACCACGUAGACCACAAGCCCAGGGCAAAGCUUCACUCUCAGCUGCUUGGGUCUCUGGAUCGGUCCACGGGCGAGGUCCCCACUCACCACCAGCGCACACUCGGGUCCUCAGGCCCCAACUCCGUUCUUCAUCUGGAAUCAGCCAGUUUUCCUCUAUAGCCACUCUCCUCUCCAGGCCACUCCAUCUCUUAGAGUCCCUAUAGCCUGGCCGCCACCUGUCCCUGCUAACUGGUCUGUGAACGUCACUGUGUCCACUGUGAAUCUGCCCCUCGCUGAAAACCCUCUAUGGCUCCCUGGUGCUGCCCGAAUGGUUUUCAGAGCCGUUGUGGUUUGAGCAUGCUCCUGACCUCCUCACCUGGCCCGUGCAGCUGGAGCUGCCUAGGUCCCUAACCCCUCUGAGCUCUGGCCCCAGCCAGCUCCAUGCCCCCUUUCCACCUCCUGCUUCCCCAGAGCCCUGGGCCCUCGCUUCAGCCCCUGACCAGGUCUUCCCUCGCUGCCCUCUCUGUACACAGCUGAACUGAGA